ACUUUUAAAUUAUUGUAAGCAAUUCAAGUCUUUAAAAAUCAUGUAAAAUUUUCCAGUUCAUUUUGGUUUUAUCAAGAAAACACAAGAUAAAUUUUAAAUAUUACAGAAAUUAUAUAUAAUUACUUAUUUGGAACUCAUCAGUCGCAACAUUAUUGAUCUAAAAUCGAAAUUAGGAGAAAACACUAUCAUUAAUAAACAUAAUCCUCAUAAAAACUUAUUAGAGAUAAAUAGACAUCAUGGAGCAAGCUCAGAAUGACCAAUUAUCAUUAUAUGUCAAAAAACUUCUUGAGCUGCUUGAUUCACUUGAUGUGACAAUUUUGAACUCUGACCGACGAGGCAAUAAGCUAGAAACUGUGAGGUCCUUGGCACCUGUACCAACCAAAAGUGGGAAACCAAAUGAGAAGUGCAAAAACAAAUGCAGGAUGAUUAAAGUCGAAAGAAACUCAAAGACAAAAACUGCUACUGUUACAGUUACACCUGAACCACCUACCACUCCCCCUCCUGGCUUGUGGACUAUAAAUGAAAAAGGGUAUGCAGUGUUAAAUGUGUCUGGCAAACAACCUAAUGGGACAUGGUUUAUGAGCUCUUCAGGUAAUUCAGAAUUGUUGCCCAAUGGAAGGCAAUUUCCUCCCCUUCCUCAAGGAGGAAAAUGGAUCAUCGAAUCUGGAAAUCCUAAGUGGGUUGUUAAACAAAACCCUACAAUUACACCUGAACCACCUACCACUCCCCCUCCUGGCUCGUGGACUAUAAAUGAAAAAGGGUAUGCAGUGUUAAAUGUGUCUGGCAAACAACCUAAUGGGACAUGGUUUAUAAACUCUUCAGGCAAUUCAGAAUUGUUGCCCAAUGGGAGGCAAUUUCCUCCCCUUCCUCAAGGAGGAAAAUGGAUCAUCAAAUCUGGAAAUCCUAAGUGGGUUUUUACACAAAACCCUACAAUUAAACCUGAACAACCUACCACUCCCCCUCCUGGCUCGUGGACUAUAAAUGAAAAAGGGUAUGCAGUGUUAAAUGUAUCUGGCAAACAACCUAAUGGGACAUGGUUUAUGAACUCUUCAGGCAAUUCAGAAUUGUUGCCCAAUGGAAGGCAAUUUCCUCCCCUUCCUCAAGGAGGAAAAUGGAUCAUCGAAUCUGGAAAUCCUAAGUGGGUUGUUACACAAAACCCUACAAUUAUACCUGAACCACCUACCACUCUCCCUCCUGGCUCGUGGACUAUAAAUGAAAAAGGGUAUGCAGUGUUAAAUGUGUCUGGCAAACAACCUAAUGGGACAUGGUUUAUGAACUCUUCAGGUAAUUCAGAAUUGUUGCCCAAUGGAAGGCAAUUUCCUCCCCUUCCUCAAGGAGGAAAAUGGAUCAUCGAAUCUGGAAAUCCUAAGUGGGUUGUUACACAAAACCCUACAAUUAUACCUGAACCACCUACCACUCUCCCUCCUGGCUCGUGGACUAUAAAUGAAAAAGGGUAUGCAGUGUUAAAUGUGUCUGGCAAACAACCAAAUGGGACAUGGUUUAUGAACUCUUCAGGCAAUUCUGAAUUGUUGCCCAAUGGAAGGCAAUUUCCUCCCCUUCCUCAAGGAGGAAAAUGGAUCAUCGAAUCUGGAAAUCCUAAGUGGGUUUUUACACAAAACCCUACAAUUAAACCUGAACCACCUACCACUCCCCCUCCUGGCUCGUGGACUAUAAAUGAAAAAGGGUAUGCAGUGUUAAAUGUAUCUGGCAAACAACCUAAUGGGACAUGGUUCAUGAACUCUUCAGGCAAUUCAGAAUUGUUGCCCAAUGGAAGGCAAUUUCCUCCCCUUCCUCAAGGAGGAAAAUGGAUCAUCGAAUCUGGAAAUCCUAAGUGGGUUGUUACACAAAACCCUACAAUUAUACCUGAACCACCUACCACUCCCCCUCCUGGCUCGUGGACUAUAAAUGAAAAAGGGUAUGCAGUGUUAAAUGUGUCUGGCAAACAACCUAAUGGGACAUGGUUUAUGAACUCUUCAGGCAAUUCAGAAUUGUUGCCCAAUGGAAGGCAAUUUCCUCCCCUUCCUCAAGGAGGAAAAUGGAUCAUCGAAUCUGGAAUUCCUAAAUGGGAUGUUACACAAAACCCUACAAUUAUACCUGAACAACAUACCACUCCCCCUCCUGGCUGGUGGACUAUAAAUGAAAAAGGGUAUGCAGUGUUAAAUGUUUAUGGCAAACAGCCUAAUGGGACAUGGUUUAUGAACUCUUCAGGUAAUUCAGAAUUUUUACCCAAUGGAAGGCAAUUUCCUCCCCUUCCUCAAGGAGGAAAAUGGACCAUCGAAUCUGGAAGUCCUAAGUGGGAUGUUAAACAAAACCCUACAAUUAUACCUGAACAACCUACCACUCCCCCUCCUGGCUGGUGGACUAUAAAUGAAAAAGGGUAUGCAGUGUUAAAUGUUUAUGGCAAACAGCCUAAUGGGACAUGGUUUAUGAACUCUUCAGGUAAUUCAGAAUUUUUACCCAAUGGAAGGCAAUUUCCUCCCCUUCCUCAAGGAGGAAAAUGGACCAUCGAAUCUGGAAGUCCUAAGUGGGAUGUUAAACAAAACCCUACAAUUAUACCUGAACAACCUACCACUCCCCCUCCUGGCUGGUGGACUAUAAAUGAAAAAGGGUAUGCAGUGUUAAAUGUUUAUGGCAAACAGCCUAAUGGGACAUGGUUUAUGAACUCUUCAGGUAAUUCAGAAUUUUUACCCAAUGGAAGGCAAUUUCCUCCCCUUCCUCAAGGAGGAAAAUGGACCAUCGAAUCUGGAAGUCCUAAGUGGGAUGUUAAACAAAACCCUACAAUUAUACCUGAACAACCUACCACUCCCCCUCCUGGCUGGUGGACUAUAAAUGAAAACGGGUAUGCAGUGUUAAAUGUUUAUGGCAAACAACCUAAUGGGACAUGGAUUAAGAACUCUUCAGGCAAUUCAGAAUUUUUACCCAAUGGAAGACAAUUUCCUCCCCUUCCUCAAGGAGGAAAAUGGACCAUCGAAUCUGGAAGUCCUAAGUGGGAUGUUAAACAAAACCCUACAAUUACACCUGAACAACCUACCACUCCCCCUCCUGGCUGGUGGACUAUAAAUGCAAACGGGUAUUCAGUGUUAAAUGUUUAUGGCAAACCACCUAAUGGGACAUGGUUUAUGAACUCUUCAGGCAAUCCAGAAUUUGUACCCAAUGGAAGACAAUUUCCUCCCCUUCCUCAAGGAGGAAAAUGGACCAUCACAUCAUCUGGAAGUCCUAAGUGGGUUAUUACACAAAACCCUACAAUUACACCUCAAAAACCUACCAAUAUUCCUCCUGGUGAAUGGAUUAUAAAUCAAACAGGACAUGCAGUGUUAAAUGUUUAUGACAAAAAACAAGAUGGAACAUGGUUUAUGAAUGCUUCAGGCUAUCCAGAAUUUUUAGAGGAAGAUAUGCAACUUCCUCCCCUUCGUCAGGGAGGACAAUGGAAAAUAACUCUUGAUGGAAGGCCUCAGUGGUUACCUACACAAAAAGAACAAACCACUCCACCACCUGGCCAGUGGAUUGUAAAUGAUUCAGGGUAUGCAGUGUUAAACGUUAAUGGCGUAAAUGGAAUAUGGUUUAUGAACGCUUUUGGAUACCCAGAACUUCUACCCAAUGGAAAACAACUUCCUCUUCUUCCUCAGGGAGGUCAUUGGAAAAUUUCUUCUGACGGAAAGCCUAUUUGGGUUCCAAUGUUGUGUACUGAAGGUAACUGUGAUGGAUCUGUGACUGCUCAAGCAAUUUCUACUAGUUUUAAGGGAGAUGCAAACGCUGUAUCUUUGGCCACAUCUGUAGAUGGUUCUCGUGCUAACGCCAUUUCCCAAGCUAUAACUCAUUCUGGUAGUGCCUUUGCAGAAUCUACACUUAGUUCAAGACGUUACACACCAAAGCCAACAAGAGCACAAAUGCCACCCAAAGUGGUGGAUGGCUAUUUCCCUAGUACCAGCUUACAGGAAACAUAUCCAAUAGAUUCCAAUCCUGCCAUUAGAAAGGUGUAUCAAGAUAUUCAUAAAACUCUGAAGGAUAUUGAUGAGUGCGUCAGCAAAAUUAUGUACAAACUAGAUUUGUAAACCCAAUAAAAGUAUGCAUUGAUUUUGUAAGAUGA